UUUAGUUUACAGCUGAAAUUAAAUUAUAGACGCAACCACCAGUAUAGAAAGUAUAUUAUAUAUUUAUAUUGUGUUAUAUCAUGUUUUGGGUUUAGAUACUGUCUGAAAUGAGAUAAAUAAAUAAAGUAUAAAGUAAAUAUUCUUCGUGUGGUGAAUAGGAACUGCAGCUGAAGGUGAAAGAAUGAAGGUGCUCUUGUUAAAGGAACCCCGGGAGAGCGAGAGUGGAGCAGAUCCAUACAUCAAGGAGCUGGCAGCAUGUGGACACUCAGCUACACUCAUCCCCGUCCUGGCCUUUCAGUUUGUCUCUCUGGAUGUUCUGACAGAUCGGUUGUUUGAUCCAGAGAAACACGGGGGUCUCGUGUUCACCAGUCCCAGAGCGGUUGAGGCUGUGAGGCGGUGUAUCGAGAGCAGUGCGCUCGGGGAAGAGUGGAACUCGGUGAAGGAUCAGUGGAACGCAAAAUCCGUGUAUGUGGUGGGGAAAACGACGGCAUCAUUAGUUGAGGCUCUAGGUCUGAAGCCUCUCGGCGAACACACAGGGACGGCCGACGUACUGUCUCGACUCAUCAUUGAGAGAGAAAUCUCCACGUCUCUCCCUCUGUUCUUUCCUUGUGGCUCGCUGAAGAGAGAAGUUUUGCCCACUACAUUGAGACAACAUGGUGUUCCUCUGGAGACGUUGACGGUCUAUGAGACGGCUGAACAUCCAGAGCUGGAGAAGAACAUCAUGCACUAUUUUACCGAGCAGGGAGUGCCUGCCAGCGUCGCUUUCUUCAGUCCUUCCGGAGUGAAGUUUUGUCUGGAGCUGGUCAAGAAACUGUCUGGAGAAAAACUGGAGCAGAUCAAGUUCGCCGCUAUCGGUCCUACCACCGCCGAGGCUCUACAGGAAGCGGGUGUGACGGUCAGCUGCUCGGCUCAGAAGCCCACCCCUCAGCACCUUGCCACGGCUAUCAACCACAGCUUGAGCCAUGACCUCUGACCCCAGGCACAAUCCAUCAAUGUGAACACUGUUUGCAUCCCAGACCUCUUCACCUUCUCACCUACAUCAGUACCUGACUUUACUAACACCCCUGUGUCUGAAUGAAUCUCCACAAAAUCUUGUGGAACAUCUCAUGGUGGGGUGAAGGCUAUUAUAACAGGAAAAGGAGACUCCAGGUGGAACAGGAUGUUCAAAAAAGCACAAAAUCUUACAGUCAGGUGUCUACAAACUUUUGACCGUAGAGUGUAUUGUUAUUAAACGGCGUGUAUCUGCAUUUCAGACUUGCACUGAAUACAAAAACACAAAAAUGAAUAUCGAAUGAUGUGAAAUAUUUGAUAUUUUCCUGUAUUUCUUCGCCCUGAUAUUAGUUUAAGUUAAUCAUCAUUACGCCUGAAGUGUUUGAGGCACUAAAAUGACGUGGGGUAACAGUUAUAAAUGUGUAGACUACAGUAUACCGGUGUGAAUACAAGUGUCAACUUCUGUUCCUCAUUCUAAUGGAAAUAAAGGACAGUUUAUACUUUCACACAA